AUGGUUAUUCUAACUAUUGAUAAUUUGAUAGGUAAGGAAACCUUGAAUAACUGGAGUUUUCAAGGAUCAGUCAAGAAAGCCUAUGAUAAAUCUUGUAAGAGUUUCAUUUUACUCUUCGAUCAUGCUACUAAGGCUCAGAUACCCAGCGAUCCGAGGUAGGCUGAACUAUAUCUUGUUUAGCCUUACCUUAUGCUGCAAUUAAUGAUCACUGACAAGAAACUAUUUCACAUUGAAGUUACUGUAACUGAUCAAUAAAAAACCAAAAGGAGACUUAUAUUUGCAGCUGGAAGUGCUUACUCUUAUUCUAAAGAUAACAUCAUAAAGCAGCCACUUCAUGCAAGGAUACCAUGUGACAUGAUUAGAGAGGGGGUUUGGAUAAAUCUACAAAUUGACAUAUAGAGUUUUGUAGAAGUAUGCUUUGGCUAAAUGAAUUUUAGAUCAGUAGAUGCAAUAAUGAUAGCAGGUGCAUGCAGACUCAGAAAGGUUAUGACUAUGAAAACCUAAAUUAUUGAUAACACUUCCCUUUGGCUAGAAAGGGAGUACGGUCAAGAGAUAUCUUAAGAAUAUGAGUAAUAGUUUGGGGCUGUUGACUUCUCAGCAGAAGAACUAGCUGGCAAUAUGAACUUUACGAACGGAGUAGACUUUAUCAAUCAAGUUAUUUCCUUUGAUAAGAUCCUAUUUUGGGGUUACCUCAUGGAGAAUAUUAUCCAAGUAGGAAAUGGUGUUGAUAAGAAAUAUAAGAAAAAGCCUAACAUAGCUUUCGGCUCAAGAGUUACAGAAAAACCGAUACUUGAGGAACAAUAAAAAGUGAAAAAUGCUUUAGGACAGGCUAAAAAUAUAAAGCAAAACUCCUCCUAGGAAAGAUCAGAGUAAUACACAUCAACAGCAUCACCAUCUUAGUAUUAGCGAAGCGUUGCUCCAUUGAGAGGCACAGGCUAAGGUAGUGAUAAUAGCAAUCCCAGAAAAGGAAGAUACUUGAACUAAGACAUAAGCAAUGUGGAUUAUGAGUUGCCUUAACUAGCUGGUGGCGGUAGAAGUAUGGAAUACUAGUAGUAUUAAACGCCUUUGCAUCAUAAAUCUAUGAUCUCUCAUAAUACCCGCUCUCAAGAUGAUGAUUCAAAUGUGGAUUUUACCUAGUAUAAACUAACAACAAUGAAAAAAACCAGAAAUAUGCAAGACAAUAGUGCGGGCAGAGGGAACGCAGCUCCCUCUAAUUAUCAAACACCUCCUAAACGAUAAUUUAUCCCAACUAGUCUUAAAUAAAACUAUUCACAGCACAUACCUAAUAAGAGGAUAGGAGUAAAUCAAUUUGAUGACCAUUAUCUUAAUGAGAAGAUCAAAUACUUAUAGAACCAGAGACAGAUUAUACAUCAACUUGCUGAUAAAUAUGGGAUUCAAAAUAAUGUGAAGGUUGAAUAGCUCUCCUUAAUUAAAAAUGUGAUCGGUGCUCAUCACAGACAUGACUAAGCGAGUUAUCUUUCUCAGGAUCCAAAAGAAAGAAUAAAGGAAUAUCAUUAGCAGGUAAAUGAAAGAAGGCGCUAGAUUCAUCAGAAAGCCAAAGAAAAAAGGAAAAAUAAUCCUGAUAAUGAGACUUUGGAAUAAAUCAAAUCGAAUAACAAAAAGGGCAAGCCUAGAAAGAAUAGAGUGAUAAAUUAGACUCAGGCUUAGAUUGAUGAGUAGCAAGAGAAUGAAGAGGAAUAAGAAGAUGGAGAUGACAUAAAUAAGGAAGAAACUAUAUAAGCUAAAAAGGCUAAAAUACAAAACAUUAACAAUGAGGAUGGUAAUGUAGAUGGCUGGGAUAAUGAAAACCAAAAGGAUGAUUAUGGCAACGAAGAUUAUGGAGAUGAGAAAGAUGAAGGUCAGGGUAAUGAUGAUAAUGCAAAUGAAGAAAAUCCAAUGGAUAACGAAGAGUACGGAGAGGAAGAAGACUAAAAGGAAAUCGGCAAUAAGGAUGCUGAUGAUUAUGGAGUAGAGUAGGAUGAGGAUGCAGAAGAGAAAGAGGAGGAAGCUGGAGUAGGAAAUGAUGAGAAGGAAGAGAUAGGAGCUAAUGAAGAUUAUGGAGAGGAAGAAGUAGAAGGUCAGGGAGAUGAAGCUGAGGAGGACGAGUAUUGA